CCCCCCCCCCCACCCCCCCCCCCCCCCACCCCCCCCCCCCCCCACCCCCCCCCCCCCCCACCCCCCCCCCCCCCCACCCCCCCCCCCCCCCACCCCCCCCCCCCCCCACCCCCCCCCCCCCCCACCCCCCCCCCCCCCCACCCCCCCCCCCCCCCACCCCCCCCCCCCCCCACCCCCCCCCCCCCCCACCCCCCCCCCCCCCCACCCCCCCCCCCCCCCACCCCCCCCCCCCCCCACCCCCCCCCCCCCCCACCCCCCCCCCCCCCCACCCCCCCCCCCCCCCACCCCCCCCCCCCCCCACCCCCCCCCCCCCCCACCCCCCCCCCCCCCCACCCCCCCCCCCCCCCACCCCCCCCCCCCCCCACCCCCCCCCCCCCCCACCCCCCCCCCCCCCCACCCCCCCCCCCCCCCACCCCCCCCCCCCCCCACCCCCCCCCCCCCCCACCCCCCCCCCCCCCCACCCCCCCCCCCCCCCACCCCCCCCCCCCCCCACCCCCCCCCCCCCCCACCCCCCCCCCCCCCCACCCCCCCCCCCCCCCACCCCCCCCCCCCCCCACCCCCCCCCCCCCCCACCCCCCCCCCCCCCCACCCCCCCCCCCCCCCACCCCCCCCCCCCCCCACCCCCCCCCCCCCCCACCCCCCCCCCCCCCCACCCCCCCCCCCCCCCACCCCCCCCCCCCCCCACCCCCCCCCCCCCCCACCCCCCCCCCCCCCCACCCCCCCCCCCCCCCACCCCCCCCCCCCCCCACCCCCCCCCCCCCCCACCCCCCCCCCCCCCCACCCCCCCCCCCCCCCACCCCCCCCCCCCCCCACCCCCCCCCCCCCCCACCCCCCCCCCCCCCCACCCCCCCCCCCCCCCACCCCCCCCCCCCCCCACCCCCCCCCCCCCCCACCCCCCCCCCCCCCCACCCCCCCCCCCCCCCACCCCCCCCCCCCCCCACCCCCCCCCCCCCCCACCCCCCCCCCCCCCCACCCCCCCCCCCCCCCACCCCCCCCCCCCCCCACCCCCCCCCCCCCCCACCCCCCCCCCCCCCCACCCCCCCCCCCCCCCACCCCCCCCCCCCCCCACCCCCCCCCCCCCCCACCCCCCCCCCCCCCCACCCCCCCCCCCCCCCACCCCCCCCCCCCCCCACCCCCCCCCCCCCCCACCCCCCCCCCCCCCCACCCCCCCCCCCCCCCACCCCCCCCCCCCCCCACCCCCCCCCCCCCCCACCCCCCCCCCCCCCCACCCCCCCCCCCCCCCACCCCCCCCCCCCCCCACCCCCCCCCCCCCCCACCCCCCCCCCCCCCCACCCCCCCCCCCCCCCACCCCCCCCCCCCCCCACCCCCCCCCCCCCCCACCCCCCCCCCCCCCCACCCCCCCCCCCCCCCACCCCCCCCCCCCCCCACCCCCCCCCCCCCCCACCCCCCCCCCCCCCCACCCCCCCCCCCCCCCACCCCCCCCCCCCCCCACCCCCCCCCCCCCCCACCCCCCCCCCCCCCCACCCCCCCCCCCCCCCACCC